CUCUCCCCUUCCUGCCUAAAGAUACGGCUGAUAAGCGCGCGGGCAGCGCGAGCAGUAGGGAGCCCAGCAGCUUGGAGCAUCUCUCAUCCAGAACUAGUGUAAGACGCCUAGAAGCAGAGAUCAAGUUCCUAAAGCCACUAAAAGCUGAAGAUGGAUAUUAAGCAUGUGAAGGAUUAUCUUUACUGGCUAUACUAUCAAUACCUACUGAUCACCUGUUGCUAUGUGUUGGAGCCCUGGGAGCAAUCCAUGUUCCAUACUAUUUUUAUUACUGUUUUUGCUAUGGUAGUGUACACAGCUUAUGUCUUUAUACCUAUCCACAUCCAUUUGGCUUUUGAGUUCUUCUCCCAGUUAUUUGGAGACCAGCGUGAAAGUACUGUUGCCAUUAUGAACUGAAUUUGCCAGGGUUGAUGAUGCAACAGCUACUAUGUGAAAUGUCUUCUUCGAAGUUGGGGUUGUUUGUUUAGAAAAAGUUUGCGUUUGCAGAAACAAUGCUUCCUCGUACAAAAGCUAGCCUGCAUAAUUACAAUAACUGAAAACCAGAAUAGUGCAUCACUCCUCACUGUAUAGUUGGUAUUUAAAUAAAACACGAGCACAGCUUUUAGUCUGUGACUGUGCAUCACCAACUUUGGAACACAUUACGUAAUAUUCAACUUGUCUACUGAGAAUAGUGUCCAUAUGUAGUAGAUCCUCAAUGUAGAGAAAAACGUUAUGUUCUUUAACAGUUAGAGACCUUAUUUAUUUAUCACACUGUGUCUAGAAUCAUGAUUUUUACACACAUGGCUUUCACACUCAAUCAGAAUUUAAUUUUAAUAGCAUAUAUGAAAAUGUAUUGCAAACAGCAAUAAGUAUUAAUGACGAUAGUUGGUAGGAUAUUAUAUUUUUUGAAUACAAGAAAGCUUCUUCUCCCAGAAGGGUACAUGGCAACUACCUUGCAAUACAUGCAAUUCUUUUCCUCAUCCUAGUUUACAGUAUAUCAGAAAUGUGACUCAAAUAUAGCAGGACCCAAGCAGCUGAA